CAUCUGCUGAAAUAGUUUUUCAUCUCUGUCAUAUCUUUUUGCUACUCCAUCUCCUGUCAUAUUUGUAUACAUACCAUUUAGUUCCAUUCUCGAGGCCGGCUAUGUUUAUCUUUAUGCAUUCGGGUCCAAUAUGCCAUGCAUAACGGCUUUCGGUUGCCAUUGUCAAACCGUCUUUUAUAAAAUUUAAAGUUCUGUUCAAAUUUAUAAACCAAACAAGCCAAAUAUUGUUUUGCCAUUUGGCGCAGUCAUUUUGAGGAAUAGAAAAAGUAAAAAUCCCUGCAGAACUUCAGUUUCAUUGUUCUUUCAGUGAAAGGGUAGCGUGGUUCUGGGACUGAACAACUGGAAUUCCAGCCAGACAAAACAUUUCUUUUUCAUGUCUUUUUAUAAUAAAUAAUAAAUAAUAAUAAUUAGAAUAAUAAGGCCAUACAAGAAGACAAAGGAAUAUAGAAGGAAAAAAGCUAAAGGUUGCUGGCAAAAUGCCUGUGAGCCUGUCGAGAGAAAGAGCAAAAGUGUGACAUUGUGAACUGAAUCAACAAAAAAGAAAAGAAAAGAAAAGAAAAACAUAAGAAAAUGUUUUAUUGUUUAUUCAUAGAGGAAAUUCUAUUAUCAUGAUCAUGAAGGAGUAUGGUGGUUUAGAGAGUGAUAAAAAUGGUGUCUGACAAUUCCUUUUCUUCUUCUAAUCGCUCUCCCAAGUUCUCCAACUCAUUCACAACUAGGAUCUUUUCUGAUGUUGCUGGGGACAUUACAAUUUUUGUUGAUGGAGAGUCUUUCUUAUUGCACAAGUUUCCACUGGUUUCACGGAGUGGAAAGAUUCGGAAAAUGGUUGCAGACACCAAGGAUUCAAAUCUUUCUAAACUCGAGCUCCUCAAAAUACCGGGGGGACCCCAGGCUUUCGAACUGGCCAUGAAGUUCUGCUAUGGAAUGAACUUCGAGAUCACAACUUCCAAUGUCGCACAGCUGCGGUGUGCAGCAGAAUACCUUGAAAUGACUGAGGAUUACCGCGACGAAAACCUCAUCAAACGAACAGAGACUUACCUCAACGAGGUUGUGUUUCACGGCCUAGAGAAAUCGAUCGAAGUUCUAGCCUCUUGCGAGGCGCUGCCUCCGAUUGCAGAGGAGAUCGGAAUUCCCAACAGAUGUGUGGAGGCUAUUGCCCUGAAUGCUUGCAAGGAACAGCUAGUUUCGGGUUUGUCAAGGUUGGAUUGUGACAAUGAAUCUACAGAGCUGAAAAGUAAUUGCCUUGAGUGGUGGAUUGAAGAUCUCUCAGCACUAAAUAUUGACUUUUACAAGAGAGUUAUCUUUGCCAUGGGAAGAACAGGUGUUAGACAAGAUAGCAUUAUAUCUUCACUAAUGCAUUAUGCUCAAGCAUCACUAAAAGGGAUUGGAAAAUGCCAAGUUUGGAAUCCUUCAAAACUCAAGCCAAAUCUCAUAUUUGCAGAACAUGAACAGAGGACUAUUGUGGAAACUCUUGUCAGCCUAAUGCCACAAGAGAAGAGCAUUUCCAUUCCUUUGAGCUUUCUCUUUGGAAUGUUAAAGAUGGCAACCUUGUUGGAUGCCACCAUUGCCUGCAGGCUCGAGCUCGAAAGGAGGAUCGCUUUUCGGUUGGAGAUGGUUUUACUCGAUGAUCUUCUUAUGCCGUCCAUAAAAACUGGGAACUCGUUGUUCGAUGUUGACACUGUUCACCGCAUUCUGGUAAACUUUCUUCAGCGAAUUGAGGAGGAAGGGAGCGAAGAUUGUGGUUAUGAAUCUGAAGGCAUUGGUUCGCCGAGUCACGGCUCUUUAUUGAAAGUUGGGAGACUUAUGGAUGCAUAUCUAGCGGAAAUUGCUCCUGAUCCUUACCUGAGCUUGCAAAAAUUCAUUGCCAUCAUUGAAAUACUUCCUGAUUAUGCUCGUGUCGUUGAUGAUGGGCUUUAUAGAGCAGUUGAUAUAUACUUGAAGGCUCAUCCAAUGCUAACAGAACUAGAAUGCAAGAGGCUUUGCAAGUUCAUAGACUGUGGCAAGCUCUCUCAAGAAGCCUGCAACCACGCUGCUCAAAAUGACCGACUACCGGUGCAAAUGUCGGUAAAAGUCCUCUACUUCGAGCAGCUAAGGCUAAAGAACGCGCUAUCGGGAAGCUCCGGCGACGCAGGACUACUGUCGCAGCGGAUGAGCAGCGGAGUGCCGAGCGCAGCCAUGUCUCCCAGAGACAAUUACGCUUCUCUAAGGAGAGAGAACAGAGAGCUGAAGCUGGAGAUCUCUCGAAUGAGAGUGAGGCUAAGUGAGUUGGAGAAAGAGCAGCUUUGUAUGAAGCAAGGAAUGAUUCACAAAACAGGAAAUGGGAAGACAUUCUUGACUUCAAUAUCAAAAGGGAUUGGUAGGAUUGGGAUUUUCAGUGGUCCAAAUGGAGGGAAAAGACAUAAAUCUGGAAGGAAGUCUAGGGGAUCAGAAGGGAAGAAUGGUAGAAGUAGGAGGCACUCUGUUUCUUAGGUUGUUGGCGGAAAGAAGAAUGAUUAUUGCCACCGUGCCCCUUAAAACUUUUAAGUCAUUCUCAGUUUGAUCCCAAAA